UUCAAAAAAGUUCACACUAUCACCAGAUCACCACUCACCAGUCAGCCAUCUUUCAGUGUCGGAAGUCGGAACGGAAGAAUCUGGAAAAUUCAACGGCCGAAAAACCAAAGCAAAUCGCGAUGGACAAAGACCCGAAAUUAUCGCUGCUUCCGGCAAAGCUGUGGGAGCGCAUUUUUCGCCGUUUGACUCCUCUUCAGUUGCUGCGGGCUCGUGCAGUUUGUCGCCAAUGGCGCGACCUGGUCACCGGAAGUCCGAUGCUGAUGGGCCGGUUCGGCGGCGUCUUGUGUGGAAAAGGAGUGAUGGAUCGCAACUACCGGCCGGCUAUUGCUCUUCCGGUUGGUGAACUACUACUUUCCGCUUUCACUAUCGUCGGAACGGGUUCCUGGUGGGCUGGUUACGGUCCGGGAGUGACCAUGUUGGCUCUGAGGGAAUGCUCGAUGACCGUGGCGGUGCUGUUUGGCGUGCUGAAGCAAACUCCGAACCUCGAAUGGCUGGAUCUGGAAGACGUUGCGCUGACUGGUUCCUGCAAGCCGGAUUUCCGGAUGGAAAAAUUGGAAAGCUUCAACAUGGACAACCCGGGCGAUAUCGACGUUCCGCUAACAUUUCUGGAUGAUUUGGGAGAAGUUUUCACUGGUCUGAAGCUUUUUCGUCUGCUCCGUAAUGUUAUUACCAGCGACGAAGUGUAUGGCAGCGUGAUCAAGAUUGUUGAGGCCCAGCAAAACACCCUGGAAAGUCUGGAACUCUGCAAUGGAAAUUUCUUGGAAGCGCUCUGUCGGAUGGAAAAUUUGCGCCUCAAAUGGUUGUCGUGCUUCAUUGAUUUCAAGUCGGAUUCUCAUUGGGACAUAUUCUGUCGCAAACAACAGCAACUAGAAAAAUUGCUGAUUAUGGCGAAGGACUACUCGACGAUCUGCGAUGUCACCCAAAAACUGCCUAACCUGAAGAAGCUGCCGUUGGACAUUAUGAGCGGUUCGAUCACGAAGGCCGAUUUCCUAAACGAAAUGCCGAACUUGGAGAAAAUCGACAUCAAUGGUCACCUGAACGGAUUGGACUUUCGUUCGGCGGCUAGUCCCAAGUUGACACUGUUUCACAUGGUAAAUGCAACGGCCAAAAAGCUGGUUCAGUACCUGCAAAAAUCUCCCAAUCUUAGCGUGCUCAACAUACACGAGUGCGUCCUAAUCGGUGAUUCUGAACAUCCGGCAAGGUUCCAAUACCUCAACGAGCUGGUCUUGUCCAAGUGCAAACUACCCCCGAACGUGCUGAUGGCCCUGUGCUGCCAGAAUCCCCAGCUGGAGCAACUCCAACUCCGUUUCCUGUCAACCCUCACCGAUGAGAUGUUUCUGAAGAUCUGCAAAGAGCUGCCACGCCUGCGGUUCUUGGCCCUGGUUAGCUGUGCACUGCUCACCGAUGCCGUCGGGGACUACAUCAUCCAGCACUGUGUCUCGCUAGAGAAGCUGAAAAUCAGCGGCUUUACCCUGUCCGAGGAGGCACUCGCGAAGCUGCGCGAAAGACACGUGCGCAUGAAGCGCUGGUUCUGGCCGUACCCGUUCGAUCCCGUUGGUGGAUUUGCUCAAGCAGAGCAUUGAAUUUGAAUUGCUCUUAUGUUAUUAUUCUAAAGUUGAACAUGCUCAGCACUAAAAACUUGCUUUGAAA